AUGUCCCAAGAGAUUUCUCUCCUUCUGAAAGAGACAGAAAGACUGCUAGAUAAAAACAGCGCAGAGGAUAAAGACGAGAUCCACAGCAAGCUGGUUGGGCUGUACCUUUCCCUGCAGGAGUACGCUGAAGAGGGCAAAGAUGCAUUUGUAGAUCAGUACAAUCUACUGGUGGACAGAGGAAAGACAGCAGGUAUUUCAAAAAUUAAAAGAAUUAUUAAAAAGGCAGCAGAAAAAAAAGAAACAUCAAACGUGAAAAAAAGAGAGACCGUGGAGAAUAAUCAAAACACAGAGAGAAUUGCGGCCUCAAUCCUAGAGCAGAGCAAAACACUCAAGAUGAAAGCAGAGUCUUUUGGGCAAAUGCUAGAAAACAGCAAGAGCUUUGUGGAGAAAGUUUCAUCGGGCGUGCGAGAGAAUGUAAAACAAGUGCAGAAGAGCGUGCUGGCUCUGGAAAACAAGGAGUGGUACAGUUUGACAACAGGACAGGUGGUUUUUUUAUUGAUAGCAGCCCUUCUUAUUUUUAUCUUCAUGUACUUCCUUAUCAGAGUAGCGUAG